AUGUCAAAUGAAUCACCAGCAGUAGAACCGAGUCCGACACCAAUACAAGAUGAUUUAGAAAAUGUGAUAAAAACUACCACUGAGGAAGUCAAAGUUGAAGAACCAACACCAGAAAUAGAUUUAACAAAAUUACAACAAGAAUUUCAAGAAAAAGCACAACAAUAUUUAGCGGAACAAUCACAACAUAUAAUAAUUCCAACAUUCGCUAAAUGGUUUGAUUUAACUAAAAUCCAUCAAAUUGAAAAAAAAUCAUUUCCGGAUUUUUUCGAUGAUGCAGCUAUUUAUAAAACUCCAAACACUUAUAAAUAUAUUCGUGAUUUUUUGGUGAAUACAUUUAGAUUAAAUCCUAAAGAAUAUUUAACUAUAACUAGUGCGAGAAGAUCAUUAUCUGGUGAUGUUACAAAUAUUAUUAGAAUUCAUCAAUUUUUAGAAAAAUGGGGGUUAAUAAAUUAUCAAAUAGAUCCAAAAACCAAACCAUCAUUAUUAGGUCCAAAAUUUACUGGGCAUUUUCAAAUAAAUUUAGAUGCACCAGAUAAUAUAAUACCUUAUUUACCUGAAGAUGCAGAAGUGAUUACAAAUAAUGAAACUAAAACCACAAUAGAAAAAGAUCAACCAAUUGAAUUUAAUAUGGAAAUAAGAAGAGAUAUUUAUCAAACUGGAGAGAAAAAAUUUGAUUUUAAACCACAAAGUUCUGCUCAUUAUUCAUGUAGUGUAUGUGGGAAAGAUACUACUGAAGUAAGAUAUCAUAAUUUAAAAAUAAAAUCAUAUUCAUAUAAUCAAAAUUCAAAUAAUAUAAGUAUAUUAUGUUCAAUAUGUUAUGAUCAAGGUUUAUUCCCACUGAAUUUUAAUUCAUCAGAUUUUGUUCAAUUAAAAAAAUUAGAAGAUUCUAAAAAUUGGACUGAACAAGAAACUCUUUUACUUUUAGAAGGUAUUGAAAUGUAUGGAACUCAUGAUCCAACUGUAACCUCAAAUAUCAAAAUGAAUAUUAAUACAAAUGGUCAAUGGGAUAAAAUCAGUGAACAUGUUGGAACCAAAAGUAGAGAACAUUGUUUAAAAAAAUUUUUACAAUUACCUAUAGAAGAUCAAUUUUUAACUAAAUUAGUUAAAGAUGAACCAAAAUUUGAUAAAAGACUGUUGAUUGAAGAAGUUGUACAAAAAUUAAUAGAAUCAAAAGAUGGAACAGAACUUAUACAAUCAAACGCAUCAAUUAAUAAAUCGAAUUCAAUAGAAGAACAAACCAAUUUAAUUGAUCAAAUAGUGGAAUUAACAGUUGAAAAAGUAAAUAUAAAAUUAAAUAAAAUAAAUGAUGUACAGGAUACUUUAAUUGAAGUUACAAAUCAAUUAAAUAAAGAAAGACAAAAAAAUUUAUUAGAAAGGUGGACUAUGAUUGAUAAAAUUGAAAAAUUAAAAAAGGAAAAACCUGAAUUAAAAGAAAUACUAAAUGAUUUAUUAGAACCAAGUAAAAUAUUUGAAUUAAAUAAUGGAUUAAAUAAUAAUUCAACUAAUAAAGAACCAACUAUUAUAAAUGAAGAUAAUAUGCAAAUUGAUUCAGCUAUUGAUACAAAUGAAAAUACAGGAAUACCAUUAAGUGUGAGUAAACCAAAAGAAUAUACUUUUUGGUCAGGUUAG